CUUCUGAAAGAGAGGAAAGUGGUACCGACAAAACCAGUGUUCCAUUGGCGGACAGACAAAGCUGCACGACGCCUGUUUUCUUCAGUCGACCGCAUAUGUCGUCAACGCUGCUACUUUGAGAGCUAAAGCUUGAAGCAAGUAAAAAGAAGUGCUAAACAGCUUCCGAACCUGAACUGAGUUUGAUGGUUGAAAUUUAAUUUGAACUGUUAGCUUUGUAGUUUUGUAAUGAGUUCUUCAUUACUUCCUAAACAUGUAGCUGCAGUUGUAAAGCACCAAAAGGACCCUUUAAAGGCGCUUGAAAUGUUCAAUUCAGUUAAAAAAGAAGAUGGGUUUAAGCACACAUUGUCAACUUAUAAAUGCAUGAUUGAUAAGCUUGGUUUUCAUGGUAAUUUUGAGGAAAUGGAAAAUGUACUUUUAGAGAUGAGAACAAAGAUUGAUAAUACUUUGCUAGAGGGAGUGUAUAUUGGAGUCAUGAGGAAUUAUGGUCGUAAAGGCAAGGUUCAAGAUGCUGUUGAUGUGUUUGAGAGGAUGGAUUUUUAUAAUUGUGAGGCAACGGUUUUAUCUUAUAAUGCAAUUAUGAAUAUAUUGGUUGAAUAUGGAUAUUUUAAUCAAGUGCAUAAAGUAUACAUGAGAAUGAGGGAUAAAGAAAUUGCUCCUGAUGUGUACACAUUCACAAUUCGGAUAAAGUCUUUUUGCAGAGCAAGGAGGCCACAUGCUGGUUUGAGGCUUCUCAAGAACAUGCCUUCUCAUGGCUGUGAAAUCAAUGCAGUUGCAUAUUGUACAGUUAUAGGUGGGUUUUAUGAGGAGAACUAUCAUGUUGAGGCAUAUGAAUUGUUUGAUGAGAUGCUUAGGUUAGGAUUUUUUCCUGAUAUCACUACAUUUAAUAAACUUAUACAUACUCUUUGCAAGAAGGGAGAUGUGCGAGAAAGUGAAAAGUUGCUUGAUAAGGUUCUGAAGAGGGGAGUGUCUCCUAAUUUGUUCACAUACAAUAUUUUUAUCUGGGGUCUUUGUAAAAGAGGUGCUUUCAGUGAGGCCAUCAGUUUGUUGGAUAUUUUGGCAAGGGAAGAUUUAACCCCUGAUGUUGUCACUUAUAACACAUUAAUCUGUGGAUUAUGUAAGAACUCUAAGGUUGUGGAAGCUGAGUACUAUCUGUGUAAAAUGGUGAAUGAAGGGUUGGAGCCUGAUGGAUAUACUUACAACGUUAUUAUUGAUGGAUAUUGCAAGUUGGGUAUGAUUCAAAAUGCUGACAAGAUUCUCAAGGACGCAAUCUUCAAAGGAUUUGUGCCUGAUGAGUUCACAUAUUGUUCCCUGGUUAAUGGUUUAUGUCAAGAUGGUGACAUAGAGCGUGCUAUGGCUUCAUUUAAAAAAGCUGUGGGAGAAGGAUUAAAGCCUAAUAUUGUUCUAUAUAACACUAUAGUCAAAGGGUUGUCUCAGCAUGGGCUUAUUUUAGAGGCAUUGCAGGUGAUGAAUGAGAUGUCAGAAAAUGGUUGUAGCCCGAAUAUAUGGACUUACAAUAUUGUAAUAAACGGUUUAUGCAAGAUGGGAUGUGUCUCUGAUGCCAAUAAUCUUGUGAAUGAUGCAAUUACCAAAGGCUACAUUCCUGACAUCUUUACCUUUAACACGUUGAUUGAUGGUUACUGUAAGCAGCUGAAAUUGGAGAAUGCAAUUGAGAUUUUGAAUAUAAUGUGGGGCCAUGGUGUUACUCCUGAUGUGAUCACUUAUAAUUCUUUGUUGAAUGGCCUCUGUAAGGCUGCAAAAUCUGAUGCUGUGAUGGAGACUUUUAAAACAAUGGUGGAGAAGGGUUGUGCUCCUAACAUAAUAACAUACAAUAUACUUAUAGAGAGCCUCUGCAAAGCUCGUAAAGUUACUGAAGCUUUGGACUUACUCAAGGAAAUAGAAAAUAAGGGUUUGACUCCAGAUCUCGUUAGUUUUGGCACAUUGGUAAAUGGGUUAUGCAAUAAUGGGAACUUGGAUGGUGCCUACCAGCUAUUUAGAAGAAUGGAACAACAAUACAAGAUUUCUCAUACAACAGCAACCUACAAUAUUAUGAUCAAUGCUUUUUCUGAAAAGCUAAACAUUAAUAUGGCAGAAAAGCUUUUUAAUGAGAUGAGUGACAGAGGCUGUUGUCCAGACAAUUACACUUAUCGUGUCAUGAUCGAUGGCUUUUGCAAAACAGGAAGCAUUAAUUCUGGUUACAGUUUUCUCCUGGAAAAUAUUGAGAAAGGUUUCAUUCCUUCACUAUCAACAAUUGGUCGGGUCAUAAAUUGUCUUUGUGUGGAUCAUAGAGUUCAUGAGGCAGUUGCUAUCAUCCACCUUAUGGUGAGGAAAGGUAUUGUUCCUGAGGCUGUGAACACAAUUUUUGAGGCUGAUAAGAAGGAAGUAGCAGCUCCCAAGAUUGUUGUGGAAGAAUUGUUGAAAAAGUGUAAUAUAACCUAUUAUGCCUACGAACUUCUAUUUGAUGGCAUCAGAGAUAAAAAGCUAGGAAAAAAGAAAGCUUCCUAGUAGAAAUUUGAAGGUAUGAGAAAGAGGUCAUAUUAUGUUGAUAAAUCUUUUUAUUGAGUGGAAGGAGAAAAUAGACAUGACCGGUGGACUGAUUUCAAUGACGCAUGAAGCUUCUACAUCAGAGCUGUUGGAUAGCUGGGCCUGACGGCAUUUGAAAGGAAGUUACAGCAGAAUUCAUGGGUUGAUAUAGACUCAAUUAAGCAGUUGGAGGAUUUGAAUUUUGUCAGAUGAUGCCUCGGAUUGACAGUAAUUUUGAGAUGUCUUGAGAAUAGGCUUAGAGCUUUCUAUAUCCAGUAUCCAUGGGAAUUCCUCUCGGGAAGCCACCAAAAGCGGAAUCUCUAUGUUAGCACAGUCAUGCGGUGUUCUGAUAUAAGUUUUUAGAUAUUACUGGAGAAGGUUAGCUGCUUGGCCAUGGGCAUUCUAUUUUUAUUGAUAACUUUGUCAAAGUAUCUUUCAGCAUUUGUUGCAACAUACUGUCUGGAUUGCAGAACAAAGGGGACGCAAAGAAAAUAUACAAUUGUAAUUGUACUAUUUAAUAUCCCAGAAUAUAGGAAUCGGAAUGUCCAUUAAUUCAAAACUAUCAAGAAUGUGAUGAGUUUGUGUACAACAAUAUACGAGUGAAUGAAGAAGUCAAAUAAAGUCUUCAAUAAGGGGC